UCCUCCUCUCUCUCUCUCUCUCUCUCUCUCUGUUUCCUCUCCCUAGUCCCUCCCCCGAAGGAACCCCCGCCCCAUACGAACCCGAAACCUACACUACCCAAAAGCGAGGAUCCCUCUCCCUGUCCAUCUCUCUAGGCUUUUAUCCAUGGCUUCGAAGCGGAUCUUGAAGGAACUCAAGGAUUUGCAGAAAGAUCCUCCUACUUCUUGCAGUGCCGGCCCUGUUGCUGAAGACAUGUUUCACUGGCAAGCAACAAUUAUGGGUCCUCCAGACAGUCCUUAUGCUGGAGGUGUUUUCCUAGUGACUAUCCAUUUCCCUCCGGACUAUCCCUUCAAGCCACCCAAGGUAGCUUUCAGAACGAAGGUGUUUCACCCUAAUAUAAACAGUAAUGGGAGCAUUUGCCUUGACAUCUUGAAGGAGCAAUGGAGUCCUGCUUUAACCAUCUCCAAGGUGUUGCUUUCAAUCUGUUCUCUGUUGACGGACCCAAAUCCCGACGAUCCUUUGGUUCCGGAGAUUGCUCACAUGUAUAAGACGGAUAGGAAUAAAUAUGAAACAACUGCUCGGAGCUGGACCCAGAAGUAUGCUAUGGGCUAAACAAGUUGGGGUAUGUGAGGGGGAGGGCACUUUUCCUUUUACUGAAUUUCAGCCUAUGUAUCAAUGUUUGUUGUCUCUUCUAUCCUAAACUGAACCAAAGAUGAGGUUCAGAACAUGUCCACAGUUAAAGAAGAAAGAAACACAUGAUCCUGUCUUGUUGUUUGUAUGGAUAAUUUGAUCUUUAGAACAAUGGAAUGUGUCCGUAUUAA